GCUACCCGUCUUGUCUUCCCUGCGGCUAGCUCAUCGUCUCCCCUCCCCACAACGGACAAGAUCAUCGUCCCAUCUCCGGCCGGCCGCCAUUUUUCACCUUCUCCCCUUUGCUUCCUAACUCAGCCAUCUGCAUGCCCUAACUAAGGCCAGGCAACCACCAACCUCCACUUCCUCCAUCCAUCCAUUUGCUGCUGAUUCACCACCUAGCAGCAGCUACACAGACAGCAAUCACACUGACGAGGUGCCCUUGAAGGCAAACAAGGAGUAAUAUGCGCCCCAGUGUCUAUUCACUAACCAACGACUUGCCUCGAAUCAAUCCCACCACUUUCGUCUACCUCUUCGAGUCAGGCUGAGAUAUGCGAGGUGUCUGUAGUCAGCAACUGGCCACCGUGGACGGGCCUUCCCUCAGAGAUGCCACCAGGAUGAUGCUUCGGAAUAACAACAAUAAUCUGAGGAGCAAUGGCCCAUCAGAUGGCUUGCUCAGCAGGCCAACCCCUGCAGUACUCCAGGAUGAUGACGAUGGUGGUGAUGAUGAUACGGAAAACCAGCAGCAGGAGGCGGUCUACUGGGAGCGCUUCCUCCAGAAGAAGACCAUCAACGUCUUGCUCGUGGAGAGUGACGACUGCACUAGGCGGGUCGUCAGUGCCCUUCUUCGUCACUGCAUGUACCAAGUUAUCUCUGCUGAAAAUGGCCAGCAAGCAUGGAAUUAUCUUGAAGAUAAGCAGAACAACAUAGAUAUUGUUUUGAUUGAGGUUUUUAUGCCCGGUGUGUCUGGAAUUUCUCUGCUGAGUAGGAUCAUGAGCCACAAUAUUUGCAAGAAUAUUCCAGUGAUUAUGAUGUCUUCGAAUGAUGCUAGGAAUACAGUCUUUAAAUGUUUGUCGAAAGGUGCUGUUGACUUUUUAGUCAAUCCUAUACGUAAGAAUGAACUUAAGAAUCUUUGGCAGCAUGUAUGGAGACGGUGUCACAGCUCAAGUGGUAGUGGAAGUGAAAGUGGCAUUCAGACGCAGAAGUGUGGCAAAUCAAAAGGUGGAAAAGAAUCUGGUAAUAAUAGUGGUAGCAAUGACAGUCACGACAACGAAGCAGACAUGGGACUUAAUGCAAGGGAUGACAGUGAUAAUGGCAGUGGCACUCAAAGCUCAUGGACUAAGUGUGCUGUGGAGAUGGACAGCCCACAGGCAAUGUCUCUGGAUCAGUUAGCCGAUUCACCUGAUAGCACUUGUGCGUAAGUAAUCCACCCAAAGUCAGAGAUAUGUAGCAACAGACGGCUACCAGACGACUUCAAGGAAAAGGACUUGGAGAUAGGUGGCCCUGGAAAUUUAUAUAUAGAUCACCAAUCUUCCCCAAAUGAGAGGCCUAUCAAAGCAACAGAUGGACGUUGUGAGUACCCACCAAAAAACAAUUCGAAGGAGUCAAUGAUGCAAAAUCUAGAGGACCCAACUGUUCGAGCUGCUGAUCUAAUUGGUUCAAUGGCCAAAAACAUGGAUACCCAGGAGGCAGCGAGAGCUGCAGAUACCCCUAAUCUCCCUUCCAAAGUGCCAGAAGGGAAAGAUAAGAACAAGCAUGACAAAAUUUUGCCAUCACUUGAGUUGAGUUUGAAGAGGUCGAGAUCAUGUGGAUAUGGUGCCAAUACAGUCAAAGCUGAUGAACAACAGAAUGUAUUAAGACAGUCAAAUCUCUCAGCUUUUACAAGGUACCAUACAUCUACGGCUUCCAAUCAAGGUGGGACUGGAUUAGUAGGGAGCUGUUCGCCACAUGACAACAGCUCAGAGGCUAUGAAAACAGAUUCUACUUACAACAUGAAGUCAAAUUCAGAUGCUGCUCCAAUAAAACAAGGCUCCAACGGAAGUAGCAAUAACAAUGACAUGGGUUCCACUACAAAGAAUGUUGUGACAAAGCCCACUACAAAUAAUAAGGACAGGGUAAUGUUGCCCUCAUCAGCUAUUAAUAAGGCUAAUGGACACACAUCAGCAUUCCACCCUGUGCAGCAUUGGACGAUGGUUCCAGCUAAUGCAGCAGGAGGGACAGCGAAGGCUGAUGAAGUGGCCAACAUUGCAGGUUACCCUUCAGGUGACAUGCAGUGUAACCUGAUGCAAUGGUACCCUCGUCCAACCCUUCAUUACGUCCAGUUUGAUGGUGCACGGGAGAAUGGUGGAUCGGGAGCCCUGGAAUGUGGUUCCUCCAACGUAUUUGAUCCUCCAGUUGAAGGUCAAGCUACUAACUAUGGUGUGAACAGGAGCAACUCAGGCAGUAACAAUGCAACCAAGGGGCAGAAUGGAAGUAAUACAGUUGGUGCAAGCAUGGCUGGUCCAAAUGCAAAUGCAAAUGGUAAUGCUGGACGAACAAACAUGGAGAUUGCUAAUGAGGUCAUCGACAAAAGUGGACAUGCAGGAGGUGGCAAUGGGAGUGGCAGUGGCAGUGGCAAUGACACAUAUGUCAAACGGCUUGCAGCGGGCUUGACACCACGACAAGCACAACUAAAGAAAUAUAGAGAGAAAAAGAAAGAUCGAAACUUUGGGAAAAAGGUGCGGUACCAGAGCAGAAAGAGGCUGGCCGACCAGCGGCCGCGGUUUCGUGGGCAGUUCGUGAAGCAAGCCUUGCAAGAUCAGGGCGAACAGGACGGAACUGGAGAGAGAUGACCCCUCUCCUAGCUUGAGCUCCGACUCCACCUUCGCCUCUAGCAAGAUUGCUUUGGACUCCAAACAGUUGACAAUUAGACGGUUGAUGAUUCUUCCUUGGUUUGUGUGAUCCGAUACGUUUCAUCAUUGAUUUCUUCAUAUCUAGGAUCUACUACCUAAAUUAACCAGGAAAGAAUAAACGAGGAACUCCUAUAUAUAUAUAUAUAACAUACAUGCAUGUAUGCAUUCCAAAGCAUGUAGAAGAAUGUGUGUCUUGACUCUAGAUGGGCUGUAAUCCUAGGUGGAGUCAUGCUCGGUCCUACAUGUAACUAAACUACUAUUGUGUGCUGUCAUGUAUGGUUGGAUCAACUGUCAGUAGAAUUGAACUGAACAGCAGUUGUGUUAGCUUACGGCGGAGUUGCUGCUAGUGCCGUGUGUCAGUUUCAGUCAAUAUAUUAUAUCGUGGCGUUCCUUGAUA